ACGAUCGCGGUAAUGCAAAAUUAAAAUUGCGUCCAACGGCCAAACUGGGUUCUUGGACAAAAUUAGCCACAAGCAUCCCCAACCAUGGCGAAAACGACGGAUGUUCGAGCAAUGUCAUCUCCGCUAGCAACACGACACGAACACAAACCCAGCACCAAGGAAGAAAGAAAAAGAAAGAAUAGCUCAUACGCUUCACCUGCGAGUUUUUGCUUUGUUUACGCGGUGAUUGCAGUUGGUUAUUCAAAAUUUUUUAAAUUUUUAUGGAAGAUUGGAGUCCUCUGAAUUGCUUCACCAGAAGAAAUUUCAUCUGAUAGGCUCAGUUGAGAAUCAGAAUGUUGGUUUCGUAAGAAUUUUUGUAUUUUUGAUGGAGGAUUCGAGUCGAUUCCCUCUGAAUUGCUUCAAAAGAAGAAAGUCCAUCUGAUUGGCCUCGUUGAGAAUCAGAAUGGAGACUCAAGAAAACAUUGUUGCUGGGAGUCAUGUCUGGGUUUUAGAUCAAGAGUUGGCUUUUGUAGAUGGAAUUGUUAUCGAUGUUAUUGGACAGGAAGUUGAGAUUCAAACAAGUGAUGCUAGGACGAUUGUUGUAAACUUAUCAGCUGUAUACCCAAAGGAUGUGGAAGCUCCUCCUAGUGGUUUUGAUGACAUGACUAAGAUCUCAUAUUUGCACGAACCUGGAGUCCUGCACAAUUUGGCAACCAGAUAUGAAAUUAAUGAAAUUUAUACAUACACGGGAAACAUUCUGAUUGCACUCAAUCCUUUUCAAGGACUCUCAAAUUUGUAUGAUGCUAAUAUAAUGGAACAGUACAAGGGAGCACCGAUUGGGAAGCUAAAACCUCAUGUUUUUGCAAUUGCUGAUUUUGCAUAUAGGACAACGAUUAAUGAAGGAAAAAACAACUCUAUACUGGUUAGCGGUGAAAGUGGGUCUGGUAAGACUGAGACCACCAAAAUGCUCAUGCGAUACCUCGCUUAUUUGGGUGGUUGUGCUUCUGCUGAAGGACAGACUAUUGAACAACAAGUUUUGGAAUCAAAUCCAGUUCUCGAAGCAUUUGGCAAUGCCAAAACUGUUAAAAAUAACAAUUCCAGUCGUUUUGGGAAAUUUGUUGAGAUUCAGUUUGAUAAGAAAGGAAGAAUAUCAGGGGCAGCCAUAAGAACUUAUCUUUUAGAGAGAUCUCGUGUUUGCCAAAUUUCAGAUCCUGAGCGUAACUAUCAUUGUUUUUACCUUCUUUGUGCAGCACCACCGGAGGAGAUUGAGAGAUAUAAAUUGGGAAAUCCCAAGUCAUUUCACUAUCUUAAUCAAUCCAAGUGCUAUGAAUUGGUUGGUGUGAGUGACGCUAAUGAUUAUCUUGUGACAAAGAGAGCUAUGGAUAUUCUUGGAAUAAGUAAGAAAGAACAGGAUGCAAUUUUCAGAGUUGUGGCUGCUAUUCUUCAUCUUGGAAAUAUUGAUUUUGCCAAGGACGAAGAAGACUCAUCAGUUAUAAAAGAUGAUGAGUCAAAAUUUCAUCUUCGAAUGACAGCAGAGCUUCUCAUGUGUAAUCCUAAUGCAUUGGAAGAUGCAUUGUGUAAACGUGUAAUGAUUACUAGAGAAGAAAACAUCACAAGAAGUCUUGAUCCACUUGGUGCGACAAUUAGCAGGGAUGGCCUGGCCAAGACUAUAUAUUCUCGCUUGUUUGACUGGUUGGUUAACAAAAUCAACAUCUCAAUUGGUCAAGAUCCUAAUUCAAAUUGCCUGAUUGGGAUCCUUGACAUUUAUGGUUUUGAAAGCUUUGAAACUAACAGUUUUGAGCAGUUAUGUAUUAACUUUACAAAUGAAAAGUUGCAACAACAUUUCAAUCAGCAUGUGUUUAAGAUGGAGCAGAAGGAAUACUCUGAAGAGGACAUUGAUUGGAGCUAUGUAGAGUUCAUUGAUAACCAAGAUGUGUUAGAUCUUAUUGAGAAGAAGCCAGGAGGAAUCAUUGCUUUACUUGAUGAAGCAUGUAUGUUUCCCAAGUCUACUCAUGAAUCAUUUGCACAAAAGCUUUAUCAGACAUUCAAAGAUCACAAACGUUUCAUAAAGCCAAAAUUGACGCUCUCAGACUUUACUAUCGUUCAUUAUGCAGGAGAGGUCCAGUAUCAGUCAGAUCACCUUUUAGAAAAAAACAAAAACUAUAUUGUUCCUGAACAUCAGAAUUUGUUGAGUGCUUCCAAUUGUUCUUUUGUGGCAACCCUUUUUCCUCCGCUUUCUGAGGAGGCAACUAAGUGUUCUAAGUUUUCAUCUAUAGGUUCUCGUUUUAAGCUACAACUACAACAAUUGAUGGAUACACUAAAUUCCACAGAGCCGCUUUACAUUAGAUGUGUGAAGCCAAACAAUUUGCUGAAACCUGCCUUAUUUGAUAAUAUCAGUGUCAUGCAACAACUACGCUCUGGUGGUGUUCUAGAGGCCAUUAGAAUCAAAUGUGCUGGAUAUCCUACGAAUAGAACUUUCUCUGAAUUUCUAGAACGAUUUACUAUUCUUGCACCAGAGAUUGUGAAACAUAACUAUGAGGAAAAAAAUGCUUGCAAAUGGAUAUUGGAAAAGAUGGAACUUAGAGGGUAUCAGAUAGGGAAAACAAAGGUUUUUCUAAGAGCUGGUCAGUUGGUUGAGUUAGAUGCACGAAAACUAGUACUUGGUGGUUCAGCUAGGGUUAUUCAAAGUCAAAUUAGAACUAUUAUCACUCAAAAACAAUACAAUGGUAUUUGUCGAGCAUCUAUUCACAUACAAGCUUUUUGUCGAGGGGAGUUGGCUCGCCAAUACUAUGCAUACUUGAACAGAGCAACAGCCGCUGUUAAUAUUCAGAAGAAUUUGCGAAGACUGGUAUCAAGAAAAGACUAUUUAAAAGUAAAGGCUGCUGCAAUUAUCUUGCAAAGAUGCUCACGGAGGAUGGCUGCUCAGCGUGAAUUCAGAAAUAGAUUGCAUACUAGGGCUGCAGUUAAUAUUCAGGCACGUUGGCGCAGCUACAGAGCUGCUUCAUACUAUAAGAAACUCAGAACAGCAUUGGUUUUUAUGCAAAGCAGAUGGAGAGGAAUGAAACGAAGAGAGGUUAGGAAACUAAAAAUGACUGAUACAAAAGAAGCAAAAGGAGAAGAGACAUCAGAGUUGUGGGAUUCUCACCAAGCUGUGGAAUGUGAAGUAGAUGAACUAAAUACAUUGCGCAUCGAGGAAUGUGAGGCUGCACAGGAAGCAAAUGAUCCAUGCACCUUGACCAGAAAAACCUUGAUUGAUGUCAAAGAGGCUGAACUGGAAAAUCAUUCUAAUCAAGCUCAGUUAUCUGUCAAGGAAUGUGAGGCUACACAGGAAGAAAAUGAACCAUGCUAUAUGACCAAUAAGGCCAUGUUUUCUGGCAAAGAUGCUGAAAAGAUUGAGACCCUCACUGAAGAAGUGGGGAAGUUGAAGGCCUUGUUACUGGCAGAAAGGCAAAUAUCUGAGUAUGCUGAAAGGCAAUGUCUUGAAGCCCGGGAACUAAGUGAGAAAAGACUUCAGAAAUUAGAAGAAGCUGAAAGAAAAGUUCAUCAACUUCAAGACUCAUUGAAUAGGCUGUUAUUUCGCAUGUCAGAGCAAUUUUCAGAGCUGAAGAUGAUUGUAUGUUCUUCAUCAACAUCGACUUCAUCUUCUCGACACAUUGUUAGGGAGGAGCCUUGUGAUAAUGUGGACAACUCUGAUGCUUCAUCAUCUAACUCUGAUUUCACUUUUCCUGCUCCUUAUUCUACUUCUGUUAGCUAGUCUUCGUUUAAACCCAAUGCCCUUCAACCGAUAGAGCAGGACCUUUCAUCCACAGAAAUUGCAGAAUGAAUCGAAGUGGUAAUCAAUUCUGCAUCCUGCUUUGUCAAACUCAAGGGAUCAUUCAGGAUAAAGAGAGGACUGCAUCAUUGAAUUAAGGAGAUAUAUACAGCAAGAGAGCACUGAAGGGCACUCCUUUUGUUGCCUAGCUGAUUACAAAUGCUGUCUUGCAGAAAGCUGAUCAUCUGAAAAAAGUAGACCAGACAAGCAUCUCUGUCUGGAUAAAUUAAAACAUGGGCUACACUGUUGAGGUUUGAUUUGCCCAAUCUUGUGCUGUAAUGCGGCUCAUUACUUUUUAAUAAGGCCGGUCUCCUUUAAACUUUUAGAAUUAUUUUGUAUAUUAAAAGCUUCUGGACUCUAGACUACUGUAGAACAACAGUGUUUUAACCUAAAAGCCAUUAAAUGCAUAAUCUCCUUUUGAUAUUUUUUGGAGGCUUAAAUUUAUGGGAUUCACUUUGAAUUGGU